AUGAAUAUGGAAACACCAAAUAAGAAAUUCACCAUUACUCAUGAGUUUUAUGGUCUAUUGGACUUCGAGGAGUUAGAUGACGGAUACACUGAACAAGAGGAACAUUUUCAUAUGAAUUGGAGUAUAAAUCUGUCUCGAUCGGAUGGAAACGCGGAAUUUUAUGUUUCUUGUCAACCUCCGGAAGAGGAUUAUGAAGAUUCAGAGCCCUUCGAUAAAGAGUAUUCAAUAGAAGCAGAAAUUGAGAUCAAGAUGAUUUCUAACAACAGAAGAAUUGAAAAUAAAGAAAGUAGACAUCAAAAGGCUGUCUUUUCGUAUCACAACAUUACUCACGAUGUCCGUCUUAUGAGCUGGGACGCCUUUAGAAAAAGAUGUUCAGUGGAUGGUGAAGUGAACGCUGAAAUAAGUUUUGUGAUCACUAAAAUGAGUCGAGUUGCGGGAAGAAAAACGGUGGAUUUUGGAGAAAAAAUGAGAGAAUUCUCGGACGUCGUUCUGAUCGUUGGAGACAAGAAAUUCCAUGUUUUGAAAAAGUUUCUCUCGUUCGAAUCGUCAUAUUUCAAGUCAAUGUUUCUUGGAAACUUCGCAGAAUCCAACAAGUCGGAAGUGACACUUCAUGACAUCGAUAGUUACGAGUUUCAGAAGUUCAUAGAAGUUCUAUACGGACGAAAUGCUAUCGAUGAUGACUAUCUAGCGAGUAUUCUCCGUCUCGCCGACAUGUUCGACGCUUCGAUUGUUUUCAAAAGAUGCGAAAAGUUUUUGUUGGAAAUAUCGAAGAAACCAUUGAGAGAAAAACUGUAUUUCUCGUACAAAUACAGAAUGGAGAAUUUGAAGGAAAAGUGUCUGUCCGACAUCAAAACAUCCGACGAUAUCCGAUCUGCUGUCCCUGAGAAUCGGGAAGAAAUGGAUCCUUCACUCGUGGCGGCGCUUUUCGAAAAAGCAUUGGAUAAUCUCAAGUAA